AUGUCUGUGAAUGAUGUAAAUCUGUUUUCCUCGGAGCGUUUGAAAACGUCCAUGUGCGCAGCACGGUACUUUAACGCUGAAGAAUUAUCAGAAUCUCUGGAAACCUGCGUUGACACGGUCAUAUCUUGGGCUAUGCAGUCAUCCAACCGUCCCCUCUUCGUUCUUGCACAACGGUUUCUUCGUAAUGUUUUGGCUCUCUCAUCUUUCGAGAAAAUGGUUACCGAGAAGCUGUUAGCUAAGGUAAAGAACUGUGAGUCUGUUAGCCUACUCGCCCUGCUAACGGUUUCACUUCCUACAAAAUCAUUUUCGACGACUAUGAGUUCCCGGUGGCCGCUCAUUCGGUUGGAGCUUGAACGCCAAAUGCCCUAUCAGAUGUCGAUUUCAUUCCACGCUGUCUUCAAAAUACAGGACAUCCUCAAGUGUUGGAAAAGGGGUCUCAAAGCUUUAGUGCUGGAAAAGGAUGACCCGAACUCAUCACUUCCUUAAUUGCCUUCCAACCUUGCUUACAGCUUGAUAGGAAUUCUUCAAAAGAUAGUGGAAGUAGUGUUCUACGAUACUUGGUCAUUCGCACUCAAGCCGAAGGCUCUUUGCUUUGUUGACAAUCGCAUGCAUAGGGAACUCCUUUCGCUUGUUAGUACCAUAGAUUUGACGCGUUGGAAUUUGCAUAGUUCUGAGGAAAACCCAUUUGAUUUCAACGCUCGGUGCUAUCGACUUCUGCUAUACACGAUGGCGCGCUUGUUGUUUGCCCAGGGUUAUCAUUCAAGCAUCGUGGACCACCUGGCCAUUUCAGACAAUAAUCUCGUAUCUAUAUUUUGUUCCGACGACGUAUUGCUUUUUCGAAUGCUGCUCACUCUUUUGCUAAUGGAAAAUACCGCCAUAAAAGAUGGCUUCCUCGAGGUGAUUGGGUUUGAUCACUACUGUCUAAUUGACUGGUUGGUGUCUCCCGAGACAGACUGUCUUGCCUACCUUCUGGCCUACACAAAGCGCCUAGCUGCGGCCUCCACCGAUGACGCGGAGGAGAAGCGCCGCUGGUAUCCUCCUGCGUGCUGGCUGGAGCUGCACCGUGAAGGCGUCAGAGAAGUGAUGGAGUGUCUUGCGAAGAGCCUGCAGACACUGCAUAUUGAUGGAUCCUUGCCUUUUGCUCCCGACUUACUCAUUACUCACAUCCAUAUGGCUGUAAAAGUUUUGUCUUCAAUGACUCAGGAGCAGCAGAACAUUGAGGUAGACGCUUCUCGUUUGGGCGAGAGGUGGUGCACUCUGGGGAAGUCUGGUGGCACGCAUCAUAGCUACACGACUAAGUUGCAGUACACGUUGCAAGAAACAUGGUAG